AUGGAUCAAAGUAAAGUUUUUACGAAAAUAAAAGAAUUGGGUCAUGUACACAGUAAGCGAGAGGAGCUGCGGGAAUUUUGCAACUUAAAAUUUGACCAGAUUAUAAAGUUUUUACCCCGUCGUAUACUGAACACUGACGGUGGAGAUCUAUUGGGCUGUAUCUUAAAUGGAUUGCCGGAUAAUGCAGGAGCUUGUAGACAUAAAGUUAAGGUAAUAGAGGUGGUACUAAAGACUAUGAGAAAAGAGGCGACGUCGUUGACGCAUUGUGGUGACGUUACUAGCAGACUUUGUUUAGAGCUGCCAAGGUUACCUGUAGAAGAUUUGGUGCGAUGGAGUGAUGACAGUGUUCAGUCUAUUGUGGAUGAUAGUGAUGUUAAUAUGAUUUGGCGAGAUGUGCUCCCAGAAUGCAUCAAUGCAAUAUCUUCAUAUGAUACAAUCAAACACUGUGGCACAGAAAUGACUAGCUCUGAAUACAAGGAACAGUGUGUUCACACACUAUGCCAGUGUAAAUGGCAAGAGAAACAACUAGUGCAGUUGACUGCAACCUUCAAAGAUAUGCAACUAUCACGCAAUAAUCACAAACAGGUGGUAAACAAGAUAUGCUCUUAUGUAAUGGAUAUACCGCCAGAUACCCUGCCUCCAUUGGUACAUCAGUUACUUAAAUUAUGUAAAACAUAUAAUUUGGAGAUAGUAUUGUCACAUCUCUCACAUUACUUCAGCUCGAGGUUAUAUAGCAAAUUGGAGCCGCCUCCACAGGACUCUGAGUCCACUACUAUAGAUAUUGAUGAUAUAGUGCCUCAUAGUUCUGCAGAACUCAGCCGUUGUCUCUCCACCUGUAUCUACCACAUAUCCCAAGGGGCCGCAGACCCGGAACUAGUUAGGAAGCAUAUUAAGCAGUGGCCCAAAACGCAGUUGUUAAGGGCCCCAUUUCUAAUAGACUUAGCACUCGCCAUGUCGGACAAGGGGGCGGAUUUCCGAUCCGUCAUAAGGUCAGCAAUUGAACAGAGAGCGUUAGAUGAUUUGCGAACGCGCGAGUCUGCCUGGGUUCGAUCUGUUAUUGGACCUGAUGUCGACGUUGCGAGUCUUCUUAAAAUUCUCACCACUGAGAGUGCUAACCAUCGUCAACUGACAGUAGUCGGUCUAAUUCACCUGGCAUUUCUCCUUCUGUCGACGUUCCGACUAAAACCAGUUGCGCAAACCUGCUGGUCACACGGGAAGUUAAUAUUAGUGAGGCUUAGCAAGUCUCAACCGGAAUGUGCUGCGCAUAUUCUAAGUCAAUUGGCUGAUAAACUGGCUGGAGAUACUACGCAAAAACAGUAUUCAGAUUGCCUGUACAUAUUGUGCAAGCUUACGCCUGUGUCAAUCGAGCGUUGUUCUCAACUAAGCACCAUUCUGGAGAACUGUCAGCCUACACCAACGGAUUUCAGAUCUGCUGCAGCCGUUCUGGAUGCCGUACACCCACUUCUGAAUUUUAGCACCAGAAGCAGGGAUACUUUGGUUAUGGUGUGCCGUAAAGGACUUUACUCAAGAGAUUCCCAACACCGUUGCCUGGCUCUCUCCGGCUUCCUCACAGUCCUCCGGCACGUGAAAGUGCGUAACAACUCUACCAGCCACAGUCAGCAGUACAGCGAACAGUACAGCACGCAUUCGUACCUCACACAGGUCGCUGUUGACCUACACGCUACUCAGCAAGGCAAUGCUGUUACAUCCCGGGUGCGAAAUGAAGCGAUGUGUAUGGAAGUGGUAUCUAUUUUGCGUCGAUGUCUUCUUCAGGAUGCAUUGGUUAAGCAGCUACUGUAUACUAAAAUAUAUGAAUGCGCUCAAGACAAGCCAUCUCUUCAUGAGGGCAUACUUGAGUUACUGUAUGAACAAUUGAGCAAGUACUUACCAGAUGGAAGCAGUACUGCUCAAUUGUUAAUGGACAAUUGUGUUCAAAUCAACGGUGUUAGCGCCGUUCUAAACGAACCCAUAGCCCGUCUACUGUAUACUGUGGCUCAGUUCCUUCAGCCUUGCGAGGAUGAAGACUUAGAAGAUAUACUUGCUAGUCAGUCUGUUGAAACCGGCUCCGCUUAUCUGAAGAGUAAACUCGGCAUCAUAAUGGACCAGCUUUGUAGCUGUGAAAACCUUGGAAGCAUUGAUAUGGUAAGCUUAUUUAAAGCAGGAACUAAAUUAUGUGUUUUUUUAUAG